GUUCCUCAAGUGAGUACUAUGUCACUUCUCCCAGGCGGAUGGGUGUUGGCUUAAGGAAACAGGACGAUCAUGAAACUUAGGUACGUCUUCGCCCUGUCCUUCGUCAAUGUGGUCGUUGUGUGCGGACUGUUUCAGGGUCGUAUAAUGCAAGCUCUGGCACAAAGCUCCCCAUGGCGCUCCAGCUUCUGGUCAACAGUGCGGUCGCAAUCGACAACCGUGGACCUCAGUCAUUGGUGGCUUCCAAAUGCAUUCACGACGAUGACCGCGCCUGAUGGAGGAGCUUCUGAAGCUGACAGCGGGUUGCAACCUCUUGCUCUGAGCGAGCGCCACGUCCUCCUCCCCAUGGGUAGCAGUGAGGAAGGACUGACCGAGGAUCCGGUCAUGGCGACCGCCGUCAUGGAGCGGUUGUUCCACGGCGGUAGCGGGAACCUGAGCGAAGGGGAGCAGGGAAACACAGGCAACGAGUUGACCGAGUCACAGGAGCGAGCUGGUAUGUCGCUGGGAGAGCCUGCGGAUGGCAAACGCAAUGACGCUACGGAUGUAGCGAAAGACGGAAGUGCAGAUGGCUUGCCAGAAGGCGAAGAGUCAGGGACUAAGGUAGACCAGCUCCCGACGGGAGGGAGUGAUGAGAUACCGGUGGGCGGAGAGGCGCUGCCGGGGCCGUUGAAGACCUCAGAGAACUUGGGCAGCGAUGGUGGCGACGACAAUGGUCAGGGGGUCACCGCCGGUCUCCCCGUUGCUCAGGGAGCGUCACUGGCCGCCUCAGCAACCCGUAGGGGCAGGCGCAGGAUGGCAGGCAGAUCGAGGGACUGUGCUAAUUCUUGUGGGUGGCAUGGAGUUUGUCAAGGACGGAAAUGCCUCUGCACGGCUCUGUUCACGGGGCGCAACUGCUCGCAAGCAGUUCCGUUGGCCAAGAUAGGCUAUAUCAAGUACUUCCGAGAGGGGUACGACGGGCCAUUGACUAUGAGCAAGCAGAACAUGCAGGACGCGACAGCCGUGGAUGUGUAUCUCAAUAGGCCUGGCGAAUCCAGUCGAAAAUUGACCGUUGGACCGGUAUCUCAGGAGCUAUUUGAAUCUCUACCAGAAGAGGAUGUGUUUCCCCCGGGACACAUAUACAGGUCAUGUGCAGUUGUUGGCAACAGCGGAAUUCUAUCACACUAUGAGAAUGGUUUGAAGAUAGAUGACCACGAGUUAGUGUUGAGGUUGAAUGCUGCACGAUCAAGCUCGUUUGAGAGGCAAGUGGGCACCAGGACCACGCACAGAAUCACAGCAGAACAGAGUUUCGGGUUCCGAGAGUCGUGGCCGGAGCAGGUGCUUGUCUUCGUGACAUCCACACAGCGGUAUGCAGACUUCUUGUCCCAAAAGCUCCAGCAUCCAGCGCUAAAAUUGGCGGCCUUCCAUCCCUUGUUUAUGCAAUACGUCACAAGCUGCUGGCCAUGGUAUUUUAGUCCCUCCACCGGCCUCUGGGGUGUCAUGUUGGCAUUACAACGAUGUGCGAGUGUCGACCUUUAUGGAUUUCAAGUGUCCAAAGAAUAUGGAGUGCACUACAAUUAUGCGGACCCCUGUAUUGAUCCUCCUAUUGGCCAACAUUUUGAAAUGGAGUGGCAAAUUUUGAAAGCCUUGUCGCAGGCCGGGGUUCUCAAGUUUGGUGACCCAUGUAUUGCUGUUUAGGAGGCUUAGCCAGCAAGCGUU